UCCAAAAGUUUCAUUCAUUUUUUCUUCGAUGGCGGAUUGGUCUACGCUUCCCGCCGAACUCCUCCACCUAAUUUCCCAGCACCUCCCCUCCUCAACCGACGUCCUCCGCUUCCGCUCCAUCUGCGCCACCUGGCGCACCGCCGUCCCCCCGCCUCCCUCAUCCGCCUCUCGCUUCCCCGUCCUCCCCAAUUCCGGGAUCUCCGACACCAGCUGGGGUUUCCACCUCUCCAAACGGACAAUCUAUUCCCUCCAACCUCCGCUCCCCCAUCAAUCCUCAUGGAUCAUCAAAUUGGAUCGGGACAAACAUCCGCCUCUGCAUCUCCUCAACCCUCUCGACGGAUCGCAAGUCAAUUCCUCCCCCAACGCAUUUCCGAAGCUCUUCAGUUUCCUCGACAUUAGGGUUAGAGAAUUGGGCGAUGAGUACGCGCUGCAGUAUAUCAAUUUCAGGCCGACGGCUACCUCGAUUGGGGAGGCUGGGAAUCUCUACAUGGAGAAAGUCGCCGUGUUGAACAACGGUAGCGGCGGCGGGUUCGUGCUCCUGACGAUUCACGUUUCCGGUAAGUUGGUGGUGUAUAAGUCUGGCGACGAGAAAUGGAGGCUAAUUGACGAUUUUCCUUCUCCGUACGAUGAUGUGAUCCUUUGGAAGGGGAAAUUCUACGCUGUCGAUAACACUGGCCGACUUGUUAUGGUAAGCACUGUUGAUUUGAAUGUGAGUGUUGCUGCGAAUUCGAUUUUUGGCGGUGAUAAGAAAUUGCUUGUGGAUUGUGAUGGGGAAUUGUUGGCGGUGGAUAUGUAUCUGAGUGUUGAGCCAGCUGAUGGCCUAGGUUUCAAUGAGGGGCUCGAGUUUUAUGAGGAGUUCGAUUCAUUUAUGAGCGAGAGAACUGUGAAAUUUAAGGUGUUUAGAUUGGAUCAAGAAGGUGAGAAAUGGAUAGAGAUUACUGAUUUAGGGGAUGUAAUGUUGUUCUUGGGUGAUAAUUGUGCGUUUUCAGCUUCGGCUGUAGAGAUUUUUAAUGAUGACAAAUGUAGGGGAAACUGCAUAUUCUUUACUGACCAGUAUUGCAAUAGAGAGGACGAGGGGGGGCUUAAGUCUCGAAGUGUGGGACUGUUUGAUUUGGAGAGUGGCAGUAUUGGGCCAGUUGAUAGUCACAUUGGUUAUUCGAAGCUGUUUUGUCCUCCUCCCGAUUGGGUUUGCUCAACUGCGUCCAUCGAAGCCGGGAUGAAUCAAAUGAAUAUUUGAUGCUGGAAAGGAUAUUAACAAACGGCCUACAAAGAACAUGGACAUAUGCCAUGCCUGUCACUAGCAGCUUCCACGUUUUUAACUCACCAUCUCUGAUGUUUUCUUGGCUCUUGAUAUAUCCGUCAUGCUGGUCGACCUAUUAGGUGCUUCUAUUUGAUUCUGCAUUACGUGUUUCAGUUUCCUACUUUUAGCUUUGUUAGAAUAAUAGAAAUGCUUAAAAGUUGUUUGCUGUAUUCAAAAUUUGAAGUAUCACUUAACUACAGCAUUAUUUUUGAGCUGUUGAUGAAUGAUCUUCUCUUUGAAUGGUUUGAAGUAUUAUUAUCAAUGUUAACUUUAGUUCAUUUCUCUUUU